GAGGAUUGAUCUGCCGCCGUUAAAAUCUUGUUCUGUUUUUUCUCGGAGUGAGAUCUCUGCUAGCUGACUCUCAUGUAAGGGACCUCAUCUAUGCCAGAAAGCAUUUACGGGAAGAAAUCUUGACAUUUUUUUAAACAGAUGUACAUAUUUUUAUCCGCAAAAAAGUGCAGCGAGCUUUCUGUUUUCCACGGGUUUGUUUUUUCAGUUAUGUUCGGAACGAAAGAAUCCACUGAGACACAGAAAGGGAGAACGGAGCAGGUUCUGAGGUCGGUCUGUCAGUGCUAUUAGGUACACUGUUUUCGCUGCACAGAUUGACUUUGUUUCUGCAAACAAGAUACAUCCCUUACUCGACUUUAAACUUCAAGAUCGUCGCUACCUAGAUGUCAUGACUUUGGAUUUUAAGAGCUGCUGGCUAUUUGCAGACGAUUUGUUAAAAUAAAAAAAUAUAUAAAAAGCUCGGAUUGCAUUUUUCUUUCACAAAUUUUUGAGGAUGAUGUCAUGUUCUUGUGAUUGGACUGGUAUUGUGUCGGAGCACGGUGAGGCAGCGACCGACUGAGAGCGGAGAGAGCGGGGUUUGCGGGAAUCAGGUGCGGUGUGUGGCGGUACUCCCCCGUUGUCGCGUGUGCCUGCAUCCCCUCGCAGCUGUCUUUGAUCUCUCCACCCCCUCUUUCUCCUCUUUUCACCCCUAUACUCCGUUCACAAUCUCCUGCGCUGGACCACUCCGGGCACUCCAUGCUGUGUCUCGGCCACUGCAGGUCCCUUUCCCCUGGCCCUCGGACUCUUAUACAUCUUCGGAAGGCAUAGCCAUGACCGAGCCCAGCCUGCAGCACUCGGAGCCCGCAGAGCAGCCGUCCGUUCGCCGCUCUCCUCUCCACCUUGCCCAGGUGUCCUGCCUCCCGCGGCCAGGACAUUCACAUCACAGGGAGUAGACCAGCUACGUUCCCGUUUCCCUACCCACCCUCCUCCCCCCUUCCCUCCCCUCCACUCCCCUCUUCUCUUCUUCCCUCUUUACACCUAAAGUGUCCCUGCCUUUACCAGCGCGCAUCUUUACAUUUCGGAGAUUUCAUUUUCCAAUGAUCUGAAAUGACUCGGCAAAUAUAAGCUAUUUGUUUUAAAAGUAGAAGAAAUUUAAGCAAAUUUUUAUUUUUGUAAUUAAAGCAACGAUAAAAGGCAAGCAACUGCACUUUAUUCUUGACGUUUGCAAAGACAUCCUGUCAGUUUGACACUCAACCCUCGAAACACCACGCGGAUAACCUGCAGCCCGUCUGGAAGGAAUCACCUGGAGGAAAAUUUGUGGAAACUUAUCCUGAGUCUUGCAGAAGCCUUUUUCACCUGUAUCUCGGAAUACUGCACGCCUGUACCUCUGCCACAUCCCGGGACGGAGACUACAGAGAGCCUGUCACCUCAGUACACCUCACUCCGCCCCCGCAAGCACGAGGGGCCUGGCGCGCACCGCUAAUGCGCUCAGGAGUCUCCGGAAUCCCCCUGUCCAGUGAACGGAAUACAAAGAGGCGUCUAGUCUCUGGAUUUUCAAAACUGCUCCAGGAUUCGAUUCUCCCUCGCCGGCAGUGGGAACAGACUCGGGGUGAAAUUGCUCCGUGGCCGUGGAAGCGAUGCGGUCCAUUCUAUCAACAGUGGCUUUCCUAGGUUUCCAGGCAUUGUGGGUUGUCUGCAGUCCUUUGCAGGUGUUUGCUGUAGAUGGUGUGAAUUUCAGUGUGCACGUGGAGAAUCAGACGCGGGUUCGAGACGCUAUGAGCCGGAGGCAGCACAGGGUGUACCAGCUGUACAGCCGGACCAGCGGGAAACACGUUCAGGUGCUGGGCAGGAGAAUCAGCGCCCGCGGCGAGGAUGGCGACAAAUAUGCUUGUAGUGGAGGCGGACACUUUUGGCAGCCAGGUGAGAAUCCGUGGCAAAGAGACCAACUACUACCUGUGCAUGAACCGGCGGGGGAAGCUGGUGGGAAAGAAGGCCAGCAAUCGCAGCGCGGACUGCGUGUUCGUGGAGAAGGUUCUGGAGAACCACUACACGGCGCUGAUGUCGGCGCGCUACGCGGGCUGGUACGUGGGCUUCACCAAGAGGGGGCGCCCUCGCCGCGGCCCGCACACCCUGCCCAACCAGCAGGACGUCCACUUCAUGAAGCGCCUCCCCCCGGGCGAUGCAAAAGGUUAGUGGGGGAGGCUGCUUCAGCAUGUAACUUGGAGCUGGACUUGCUGGACACUGCUCAACUUAGCACAGAGUGCAUGCCAGGUCCAGAGCCCAGGGGCCAGGGGGUGGAACAGAGUCUACACACCCCUCCAGCACCCCCCCCCUCCCUCCCCCCCCCUCACUCCUGGACCAGAGCAGGAAGACAGAUCCUCACGGGACACCGCUCACUGCACAAAGAGAGAGAGAGAGCUCUCGCACCAGUCGGGAUGUCAAAACAGGAAGUGGACAUCGCACCGCAAAAUGGACAUUGCAACAGGAAGUUGGGAAAGCAGGAAGUGGAAUAUGAACUGGACUGAAGGACAUUUCCUCCUCCCCAAUGUGUGUGUGUGUGUGUGUGUGAGUGUGCGCAUGAGUGAGUGAAUGUGAGAAAGAGUGUAUGCAUUUGCAAGAAUGUUUGCAUCAGAGGUGGGCUAAAAAGCUGAAACCAAAAUAGGUUUGACUAAAGCUUACCUGCCUCCAACAGUCUCCGGUACAAACAUAAGGGUCAGGACUGGAACACCCCAAACAAAAAGACAAAAAAACUAAACAAAAAACAAAAAAAAAAAAAACGUGCAGCCACCAAAGACAACUGGAUACCAAUGACGCUCCCCUCCCCCUCCUCCUGUUGGGUUUAUGUAGGAGGU